GCUAAAUUGGCCUUCAGUAAGCAAGUGUUUACAAAUAACAUCAGUAGGAGAGUAUAGAUAUCCUAUCUAAAGUCGAAUUACAAUACAGUGUUGGCUACUCAGGGAGUUUAACCUCGAAUAUUUUCUCAGUGCGUAUUUGUGAAAAUUCAAAGUUAUUUCAUAUAAUAAAAACAAAUGAUGGAAAGCAAAGAAGACACGGUCAGGGUGAAAGAAGAACCGACUGAUAUCUGCCCGGAUGCAGGUGACAAUUAUAGUUUCGAUUCGAUGAACUCUUGCGAAGUCAAAAACCAUGAAAAUUUCACGUUUGACAAAUCAUCAGAAAAUCACAUGAAUCAAAAAAUGGCGUUACAGGAAAAGUUAACGACAACAAUCUGCAAAACUGAAUAUCAAAGUUAUCCACCUGUUGUGAAAGUAGAACAUGAAAAUCAGCGUAAUGACUCGAAUGAAAAAAUAUUUAUUGAUUUUGAGUGCAAAAAUGUUAAACUUGAAUCGAAUUGCUUAAACGAAAAAGAUGCAACAAUUUUGACAAAAAAAGAAUUCGAUUACGAUAAUCACUGUCAAAUUCAAGAGAGUUCCGGAUUGACAUUCGACGAAUACAAGGAGAUUGAAAAAUCUAGAAAAACUAUUCCAACCAAAUUAUUUGAUGAGUAUAUAAAGCAUGGAAAAACUUAUAAAAAAAAAGUGAACCUGAAAAUGAGACAUAUGAAAAUGAAACACAAGAGCAUUAGACAUUAUGAAUGUGAAAUUUGUCACACAUCAUUUGUAUCCAAGAGUAAUCUCAAUCAACACAUACGGGCAGUACAUAAUCAAAUGCGAUUCUUCGAGUGUGACAUUUGUCAAAAAUCAUUUGGACUAAAGUUUAAUCUCAAAACUCACAUAAAUGCAGUUCAUGAUCGAAACAAACCCUUCGAAUGUGACAUCUGUCACAAAUCAUUUGGCAGCAAAGGUCACCUCAAUAUUCACAUAAAAUCAGUACAUGAUCGAAUAAAACCCUUCAAUUGUGACAUUUGUCAAAAAUUAUUUGGACAUAAAAGUAACCUCAAAGUUCACAUCAAUAUAGUACAUAAUCAGAACAAACCCUUCGAAUGUGAGAUUUGUUACAAAUCAUUUGGACAAAAAAGUGAUCUCAAGAAACAUACAAAGAUAGUACAUGAUCGUAGCAAACCCUACGAGUGUGAAAUUUGUCACAAAUCGUUUGGACAAAAGGAAAACCUUAGUAUACACAUAAGUGCAGUACAUGAACGUAAAAAACCUUUCGAAUGUGAAACUUGUCACAAAUCAUUUGGACUCAAACAUCACCUCGAAUAUCACAUGAAUGCAGUACAUGAUCGCAGCAAACCCUUUGAGUGUGAUAUUUGUCGCAAAUCAUUUGGACAAAAAAGUGACCUCCAACGUCACGUUAAUGCAGUACAUGAUCCUAGCAAACCCUUCGAGUGUGACCCUUGUCAAAAACCGUAAGGAUAUCAGAACUAUCUCAUAAAGCACAUAAAGGUGCUUUUAUUUAGUACAUAGUCAAAUCAAACCCUUUUGUUUGUCACAAAUCAUUUGGAUUCAAGGGAGACUUCAAUGAACAUAAAUUUGAUUAAUGCUCGUACAAGAAUCCUUUGAAUGAGGGAUAUGUCACAAAUUGUAUAGCCGCAAGGAUUACAUAAAAUCGCUCAUAAAUAAAUUAUACAUUCGUAUCCCAUAUUUCAAGAA